GUUUAAAUAUGUGGGUUCUUAAUGAGAAACGCCAAAUUUCUAGGUUGCCCUCUUUGUUCAUCGUCUUCCACGUCGUAGGCAUCUCACGGAAGCUCGGAGAGAAAUCCAUUUCCUCGUCGCCCAGUCAUAUCACCGUCAAUAAUCGAAGAUUUAGGCAAUCAGAUCUACACCAUCAAUUGAAAGAAACCAGAAAAGGGUUUCGAUCUGGAAGGACCACUACAAGAAACUGCACCUUUUGCGACGAAUUUUUUUGCGACGAUAUAAAAUUCGUCGUAGAAAGUGAGCAUUUGGCGACGAAUUUGGCAUUUUCGUCGCGAAUUAUGUUAAUAUUUUGUUGUGGUUGUGUUGGUUCUCCC